AUUGAAUCACUAAGUUUAACUUCAAAUGAAGUUUCUAUGGAUUCUUUUAACAAAGGACUUCAACCGCACGAAUAUUUCUAUAUUGCCUAACGUGAAACCAGUAUAGUAUAACCAGUUGCAGUAUUGAGUGUCAAAUAACAACCAAUACGACAAAUGAGAGAUGCUAGUGAUUUAAAUAAUGGUCAUUUGCAAUAACAAACAUGUGGAAGUUAAUAAUAACGUUUGCUAGUUUUAAUGUUGUGUUACAGAUAUUGAAUGGAUUUAAUCUCGACGAAAGAAAUGCCAAAAUCAUCACAGGCAACAGUGUGGGAGGUUAUUUUGGAUUUUCAGUCGCAAUUAUUGAGGAAAACGGUGUCUAUGUCGGUGCACCUAAAGCAAAUGACACGAAUCUGCCCAACAUCAAAGAGCCUGGUACAGUGAGCAAGUGUCCUAUUACAGCAGGAACGGUAGGGGCGUGCACAGCAUUCAUCAUUGAUAGUGUGACUGAAAGCGACAACUCUGAUUUUGGACGGCACCAAGCGGUUUUUCAACCAUGAGAAGUCUGGUCAAUGGAUGGGGGGAUCCCUGGCCGUCAGGCCGAACAGAGACUCCAAGGCUGGCAUUGUGGCAUGUGCACCCAGGUGGGGCAACCGAUAUUCUGUGAAUGACACCUUCAUGCUCGGAAUGUGCUAUGUGAUACCCAAGGAUCUCACACCGAGUAACAUCAUCAAACUGCCUGCACUCGUCAGUGGUAACAACUAUAUGUACAAGUACCCCGACAACAAGACGAUACACAACUGGGCGAUGGCCGGAUACGGGAUCAAUGCACAUUAUACAAGCGAGGAGACAAGUUUGUUGUUCGGAGCUCCUGGUCUGAAGGACUGGACAGGUGGUUUCGUCAAUGUUAACCUUGCAACUAGGCUCUCAGCAACCGUCAGUGAAAGUGACCCUUACCUGGUGAAUGAAACGUCCUCCAGCCUAGCAGGAUUUGCCAUCACGAGUGGUUUCUAUUCCAAUCAUUCGUCUCGCCAUGAGUACUUUGUUGUUGGAAUUCCACGAGCGAAAUUAACUGGUCAGGUUAAGAUCUUCAUGUCGGAGCAAAUCUCCUACAGCUUACAGAAUCCCUGGCUAGAUAUUAACGCUAUUGACCACAAAGCGGAGGACCUACCAAUAAACUCGUACUUUGGCGGCUCUCUGUUGACGGCAGACGUUAACGCUGACGGUAUAGAUGAUCUCCUGGUCGGAGCUCCACUGUACAGCCCGGACAGCAGGAAGGAGUCCGUGGAUUUAGGGGCUGUCUUCCUCUACCUAGGGCCACUUAACGACAGCUCAGUGAUAGUCCCCAAGCUUACGCUGAAGGGUACAGGCACCGGUGGGCGAUUUGGGACCUCAAUGGCAUACCUAACAGACAUGAACAAUGACGGUUUUAAUGAUGUGGCCAUCGGAGCGCCUUUCGAAGAUGAUCUAAGAGGAGCUGUAUACAUAUAUAACGGCUAUAAAGGCGGGCUGUGGCCCGCAUAUUCACAACGGAUUUUAGCCUCUACGUUACCAAACGGCCAAACACUGCGUGGACUUGGUGUGUCAAUUGCUAGAGCGGUGGACUUGAACGCCGACAACGUUCCGGACACCAUUGUGGGGUCGCAUUUGUCAGACCAAGUGGUGGUGUUAUACGGACAGCCAGUUAUUAAGAUGUCCGCCGACCUCGAGAUAACGCCGGAUAGGUUCAUUGAAAAGAAUUCCGACAACGUGGAGAUAAGAGCGUGUUUCCGGUUUAGCCAUGCAAUAUGUGAAAAAAUAUUCGUCGAUGUGAAAUUCAAACUGGAUACGAAGAAAGAAACUGGCAGAGAACGCGUAGUCUUCAAUCAAACCAGAAUACCGUCUGCCAUAAAAAGCGUGACAGUUUUUCAAGGAAUGUCCUCGUGCACGGAUCGGCUUAGACUUUUUGCAAAGUCCCCAACUGAUAUGGUAAGAGAAAUUAACAUCGAAGCGGAAUACGAAAUAGGGGAAAAUGGCAUCCGAUGUGACACUAAGCUCAAUCCCACCAUUGAACGGUUCAAUGGUCUGAAUCCCGGCGACCCUGACUUGGUUCUAGAGACAAAGAUUGAGUUCAAGAAAGCCUGUCCCAACAACAUCUGCAAAACCGACUUACAUGUCAGAGCCAGUGCAUCCUUCGACAACUCAAGUGGCUUUCUGAUCAUCGGCAAAUCAGAAAUCUCCCUUAAUAUCAAGAUUACGAAAACCGGAGAUCCCUCGUACGGAUCCGUGUUUUACAUGAUAUACCCGAAUUUCCUCAGUUUCAUCCGCAUCAAAGAGCUGACCAACAACACCGUCUCUUGCUCUCCACUUGUGGCUCCGUCCCAAACAGCACAUCAGGCGGCGAUACCAGACGAGUGGAUUGAGUUCCGUCGACGUACGAACGCUACCUUGAAAGUAACCGACUCUGUUCUCAUGUGCAAUUUUGGAAAUCCUCUCUCAGACGACAGUGGCACUGCAGUUGACGUGGAGCUUGUGUUACCAGACCACGUGACCACUGAGUUGUUUUAUAUCGUCGUCAUGGCAACUACGCUCAGCAACGAGAUGAACUCUUUUGAUAAUAACGAGACAAUCGCUAUACGUUUAAAGCACGUGUAUGCAACCAAGUUGAGCGGAGCGGCUUCAUUGGAAACGAUUUUCAUCAACGACAAUAAGAUUCACGAUGAGGUUAACCACACGUUUGCCCUCGAUAAUCUAGGGCCGAGCCUCAUCCCUUAUGCUAUCCUGAAUGUUUUCUUUCCAAUUACUCAACAUGGCUCAGGUGCCUUACUAUGGGUCAAUAGGACAACCGUGCGAUGCCGGACACCUUGCAACGUCGAGUGUGAGUUCCGCAGCAAGUUUCGUAUACCGGAUAUCACCAUGGACAUAAACGGACGGCAUAGUAACUUCACAUCAGGAGACAAACCCAAUGAAACGCUAACCGUUACAACUCAACUGAACUGUAACGCCGCGGACUGCACUCAGCUAACAUGUCGGGCGACGAACAUACAACCAAAGUCCAACCUUGUGGUAAUGGCGCAGAUAAUAGUGAUGCAUGACUUCGGUGGAAUUUCUAAGGAUCGCUCUACCAUCGAGGUGGUUUCAGCGGCAACCACAAACACAACUGGACUGGAAGACAAAGGCAUUCUGAAAGAACAGAUAGUGACUCGAGUGGUUCCCAGACAGAUCUUCAAGAAGGAGGUGCCCUGGUGGGUCGUACUGCUGAGCAUCUUGGGCGGGAUCAUCUUUAUCGCGGUGCUCGUCUUCAUUCUCUUCAAGUUCGGAUUCUUCAAACGAAAGACGCGCGAGGACUUGGAGAAGAUGCGGCUUCUUAAGGAGAAAAAUGGCAAGAGUCCGUCCCCGCCAUCAGAGGGCACCGGGUCGCCGUAUGAGUUGAAAAACGGCAGUGGUGAAUUCACUGAUAGUGAACAACUUCCGGUCAAAGAAAAAAACGAAACUUUGAUUUGAACAUAAGGGGUCAUGCCGUCUGUAGCGUUUAUUGUUUUGUUUUGUUGACUUGUCUCAUAAAAUAGGGUUUGUCUUUU